ACACACACACAAUCAAUCAAUUUAGCCAUCAGGGAAAUGCAAAUGAAAAACCACUAGGAUGGUUAUAAUGAAAAAAGAUAAGUGCCGUUGAGGAUGUGGAGAAACACAGUGCUGAUAGAAAUGUAAAAUGGUGCAGCCACUUUGGAAAAUGGAUGGUGAGGGAGUGGCUUGGAAAAGGAUAAUCAAAAGUCUUUGUCCUCAGGGAGCUUAGAGCAAAAAGAGAAGGCCCAGAGGAUACCUGACUGAUUUUGCAUUACAUAUCUCUUAAGGAUUCUAACAGUCCAAACCGAGCAUUCUACAGACGGAAGCCAUUCUUCCAUCCUAACUACUGAUUCUCCAGGCCUUGUCCAUCACCUCUCACCAGAUAGUGUUCUGUGACUGGACUAUCAGCCACUUGCAGCACAUCUCUCUCCUUCCUCUCCUCUUCCUUCAUGGAUGCCAGCUACCUCUUAUGAAUCAGCUCUGGCUGUAGGGGCUUUGUAAGCUCAAACCUAUCUCCGAACCUUACGUAGUUCAGAGGGGUUCUGAAAGCUGAUGAAUACGCCAAGAGCUUUUCGAUCAAACUGCUUUUAGACCCGUUCUCUGUUCCUGCUGAGUCGGGGGCUGGAGGUAGGGGGAGUGGGGAGUCAAAUCUUGGGUCUCCCUUUCUUGCAGAACCAAACCCCUGAACACGGCCUAGCAUUCAAGGGGAAGCACGGGGUUAUCACCUCAGAUGAUCAGUCCUUGGGAGAACAGUGCUCCUAAUGGGGAAGGGGUUCCCAGGUCCUCAGCAGUCUGAUGAGUAUCAACAUUUCCAGGUCUGUAGUCUUAAGAAGAGUAAAGGGCUGGAGUCUAGAGAUUGUCUAAAAGAGGAAGGAGAGUUGGACAGAAACAGGGCAAAUUCUCAGUCAGUUUCUCCCAGCAGGGCAAAAGGAACAAGGAAAUAAGAGACCAGAGGAUUUAGUGACCUAAAGCGCCAGAGAGUCCUAGGGCUGAAAACAGAGAAGCUAGUGGGUGAGGGGGAUCAAAUGGCAGGAGAUUUACACGUAUAUAUCAACCUUGGGGGUCCAAAAAAAAUGUAACAGUAGGGUCUCUGCCUUCAAGGAGCUUAUGGUAAUUUAGUGGUGAAAUAAAGAUUAAUAUACUUGAAAUAAUUUGUAAUUUGGUGCUAAACUGUGGGAUUGACCCAAAAAAGUGCUGUAGGAGCUCUGAGAAGGGAGAGAUCAUGUGGGCUGACAUCCUCUGUGAGCUGAAUGGCUGACUGAGGCAGUAGGUGCCCCACAGGACUUUAUGCUCCAGCUACAGGGGCUACAGCUUUUAGAGAUGAGUGUGCCUGAGUCUUGUAUGUUUUCCUGGAGGAAACACAGGGGAGGAAGCUUCAUCAUCAUCACUAUUUGUUAAUCACUAUCAUCAACAAGAACCACAAUAAACAUUGAGCAUCCCUCCCUGAGUCUAUACUUCUGUUUAGGAGGCAGGGCAGACAGAAGGCGUUGAAGGACUAGAGCAAGAGAGUAUAUGCCAGUAGCACGAAGACAGAGGGAAAAGUGAGAGCUGGGGAGGUGAGGGAAGGCUUCCCGGAGGAGGUAAUACUUGAACUGACCCUUGAAAGAGAUUAGGCUUUGGGCUAAUGCAGAAAAGAGUGAAGGGGGUUGUAAACGGCCUCAACACGGCACUGAGAGAGCAAGGCAAGUGUGAUUAAGUGAGAAAACCUGCUGGACUGAAGCAAAGGGUGUGGCAGGGUAGCGUGGGUGAUGAAGUUGGAGAGGAAAAUAGUCUGAUGAUUAUAGAGAGCCUUAAAUGUCAGACAGAAGGAGUCAUAUUGGAACAAAGUAGGAAGGCAGUGUAGAUUUGUGUAUUUGAUGAAUGAGAAGGGCACAAGGAAGAAGGAGAGGCUAAAAGAAAAACAUGGGGAUUCUACAUUCUUCCUAGUUUCAGUCUCCCAUGUCAGGGUGGCCAACUCAUCCCAACACAGCAAACAGAUGAGUUUCUCACCCUACUUGUGAUCCAUCUUGGGAAUAGGUCCUGAAGAAGCCUACAAGAAGUUCUGCACCGUAUACUGUUGGCAGAGAACUUUGUGCCUUUUGGAAAGGCCCAAGCCAUCAACACUAUGAAGUGUUCUCACAUAGCAUUGCCCCGCCUUGUGAAACAGAAAGGAGGAAGGGUCAGCCUCCUAACCCAGCUGCUAACACAGGUACAGACCAAGAUGGGACAUCUGCUUCAAAAGCAACAACCUUUUGAAGCUGAUCUGUUCUUGAAUCAGCCCUGGGGAAAGGAGACAGCAAUUGCAGGAAUCUUAAAAACCAAUACAACAGCAAGACUAAGCCUUUCUUGAAGCCAUCAUUUUGGUGGCUGCUACUUGGUCACUCCUCACAUAGAUCUUUUUUACUGACUUCCUGCAGCAAAAGGAGAUUGGCACAGGCUACAUUUAUAUUAUUACCAGGAGGCAGAUGUUUUCUCUUUUCCCCUGGGGUUUAGAAUUAUGCAAAUGAAGGCACAAAAACAAAAGCUCAGCAAGGUGGGGGAAGAUUGCUCUUAAGAAUCUAGGCAAUUUUCAGAGCUCUUUAAGACACACCUCUCAGUUCUUACUAAUAGCUCUCCUGGCUCCUCUCCAGUCUAUUUAGAAUUUGGCACCUCUUCAGAACCUUACAGCCAAAGACCUGAAAGUUCAUUCUUAAGUUCCCAUCCUGGCCUCAUUUUGCAAGUGGAGAAAUUAAGGCAUAUAAUAUGGGUCUGUGGGCUGACUUUGAGUCUUUCUUUGACAUUCCCUCUUUCUCUUUCUUCCUUCUGCUACAUACACUCUCGCUUGGAAAGGAAACUCUACGGCCCAAUUGCCCUCCAGGUCUCUCCCCAGCCCCACCUUGAUAAAAUCUGUAGGGCAAUAGGACCUAGGGAAAUUCAACCCUGAGGCCGAGAGAGACAUUCCUGCUUAACCGCCUGGCUUGAGCGAGUGUGGAAGCGAGCUAGUUAGGGAGGGCGGGGUAGAACUGGGGAUCUGCUGCUGUUGGCGAAGAGGAAAGCUGUGGCUCCCUCCAGGGUCCGGGGGUCGUGAUGAGAAGUGCUUCUGAAGGUUGGCCCAAGCCCCUUUUUGUCGCGCCUCUGUGCACCGAGCAUCCUUCAUCUGCCCGCCCUGGAAGUCGCAGGCUGGUUUUGUUUGGCCCCAGCUGUCUCUCCCAUUUCGUGCAGCCCCGCCAUCGGUGCCUUCGUUCCUGAAGCCACCGACCUCUCACAGCUGGAACUGCGAGCCAGGCAGGACCCCGGCAGCAGACGGCGCCCAAGAGUUUGCCGACAUCCGUCGGGCCGGGUUGGCGCCCCGCACGUCGUGUUUUUCGCUAGUAAAGUUUCUCUGUGGAAAAGAAGCCCCUCCAGCUUUCUCUUGAUCCUGCAGCGGGCGCGUGCUCUGCUUCUCUCCCCGGUGACUGCGCUCGGGGCCGGGGUUGUGACUUUGCUCCUGUCCCUGGCCUGGCGGCCUUGGGGGCGGAGCUUGGGGAAUUGGAGAAGCCGCCGUGAGAACUCUUGACUGAGCGCGGGUGCGGAGAGAGCGCCGGCGAGCAGGCGAGCUAAUAGCCGCAGCCUAGCAUUAGCUAGGGUGCCUGGGCAGUGAACUGGAUCCCCGAAGGGACGCUCAGGCUGCGCCCCCUCUUCUGCCCUGGCUCAGUUCUCAGCUGAUUUGAGAGAGCACACUGGUCAGGGCUCCUCAAGAGGAGCUGCUGAGUGUCGGUGCCCGCGAGAGUGGCUACCCGUCCUGCCUGGGGGGCUGCGAAAGGCGGAGCCGCCACGGAAACAGCUGUUCCCAUGGCUCUUGACGCGCCUGGAAUUGGACUCCGGACUGGGCGCUAAGAUGAUUGCUUUUGCCUUGUCCAACUUCCACAGCACGUAGUUGACGAUUGGAAUCCUGGGCCAAUCAAGAGUCUAGUUUCAAAGUGGUACUCCUGGGCUCUUCAUCCCAGACUCCAACAAGUCUAAUUUGAGACGAGAAGAGAGCGGUCUCCUGCUCUAACUAGUAGAUCUCCGUUCUGGAAUUGGACUUGACAGCUCUCCUAACCAAUACUUGCACUGCAGUGGUUACAGGGUUCUCUUGGGAGGUGGGGAUGGGAGUGCUCUGAAGACCAGACCACAACACUCAGAACCUCGACAAUGGACCGAGUUUUUGAAAUUCCUGAGGAGCCAAGCGUGGAGCCGAUAUCCUCUCUGGAGGAAGAUGUCAUCCGUGGGACGAACCCCCGAUUUACCUUUCCAUUUGGCAUCCUCUUCUCCACGUUUUUGUACUGUGGGGAGGCAGCAUCUGCCUUGUACAUGGUUAGAAUCUAUCGGAAGAAUAGUGAAACCUACUGGAUGGCAUACACCUUUUCCUUCUUUAUGUUUUCAUCCAUUAUGGUCCAGUUGACCCUCAUUUUUGUCCACAGAGAUCUGGCCAAAGACAAGCCACUAUCAUUGUUUAUGCAUCUAAUCCUCUUGGGACCUGUUAUCAGAUGUUUGGAAGCCAUGAUUAAGUACCUCACACUGUGGAAGAAAGCAAGGCAGGAGGAGCCCUAUGUCAGCCUCACCCGAAAGAAGAUGCUAAUAAAUGGCGAGGAGGUGCUGAUAGAAUGGGAGGUGGGCCACUCCAUCCGGACCCUGGCUAUGCACCGCAGUGCCUACAAACGUAUGUCACAGAUCCAAGCCUUCCUGGGCUCAGUGCCCCAGCUGACCUGUCAGCUCUAUGUGACCCUGAUCUCUGCAGAGGUCCCCGUGGGUAGAGCUGUGCUAAUAGUCUUUUCCCUGAUAUCUGUCACCUAUGGGGCUACCCUCUGCAAUAUGUUGGCUAUCCAGAUCAAGUACGAUGAAUACAAGAUUCGCCUUGGUCCACUAGAAGUCCUGUGCAUCACCAUUUGGCGGACAUUGGAGAUCACCUCCCGCCUCAUGAUUCUCGUGCUCUUUUCAGCCACCUUGAAAUUGAAGGCUGUGCCCUUCUUAUUGCUGAACUUCCUGAUCAUCCUCUUUGAGCCUUGGGUUAAGUUCUGGAGGAGUGGUGCCCACAUGCCCAAUAACAUUGAGAAAAAUUUCAGCCGACUUGGCACCUUAGUGGUGUUGAUUUCCGUUACCGUCCUCUAUGCUGGCAUCAACUUCUCUUGCUGGUCAGCUUUGCAGUUGAAGUUAGCAGACAGCGACCUUGUUGAGAAAGGUCAGAACUGGGGACAUAUGGGCCUGCACUAUAGUGUGAGAUUGUUAGAGAAUGUGAUCAUGGUCUUGGUUUUUAAGUUCUUUGGAGUGAAAGUGUUACUGAAUUACUGUCAUUCCUUGAUUGCCUUGCAGCUCAUUAUUGCUUAUCUGAUUUCCAUUGGCUUCAUGCUCCUUUUCUUCCAGUACUUGCACCCGUUGCGCUCACUCUUCACCCACAAUGUAGUGGACUAUCUCCACUGUGUCUGCUGCUACCAGCACCCUCGGGGCAGGGUUGAGAACUCAGAGCCAUCCAUUGAUGCUGAAGCAAGGCAAAGCAUUGUCUGAUUCUGUCUUUUGGGUAUUUUGGGAUGGGUUGGGGUUGCCAAGAGCAACUGUGAAAUUGAAGGAGACGAUGAGGCUUAUGGGUGAGUACCCACCAGGACAUUGUUUUGAGUUUUCUGAAAGCCUAUCAGAAGAAAGAGCAGCCCCCAAAUAGAUUUUAUUUCCUUAAGAUUGACUACUAUGUUUGGACACCAAGGUAACCACUGUGUACCUGGGAGGAUCAGAUAUAUCAUUCACAUUCCUCCCACCCAGGUCAGCUGUCUGGCUGUCCUAUGAGAUAACUUACCUCCAUGCACCUAAGGCUCUCUGUGACCUUUAAGCUCUGCUCAUUCGCUUGAGCAUUACUGAGGUUUCUGUGGGCUGAACCAAAUGGCCCAGAAUCCCACCAGAAUAUAUCCUGACUGAUCAGAGGAUGUGCCUGCUUAUCAGCUAUGGGUACCUCCCGGGAAACAGUCUGACUUAUGUGAAACCUGUAACUGUGAACAUGGCUGGGGUCUUUUAAUUCCAGUGAGAAACACUGAUUAAGAGGAAAACCCCCACUAUUAAAAGAGCUGCUCCUUAAAUGAGUUAACUCUCCAUUAGGACUUUACUAGUGAUCAUUCAUCAAGGAUCUUUCCUUUCAGUGGCCCUUCAAAGGCACACUCUGAGGAGGGAGUACAGAGUGGGUUUCCUUCAAGGCAUAAAGCAGAAUGACUAUCUCAGGGACCUGCAUGGGCCUCCACUGUGCUGAGUGGAGUGGUUGAAUCAAAGCUCUCACUUCAUGUCUCCUUAUCAGGGAUUCCCUCCAACCUGGCUUUUCUGUGCUCGUUGACCAACAUUUGAUGUAUAUCUCAGAGAAGCUGAACUGUAAUUGAAAAUGUUUCUAAUGUGUGGAAGAAAUGAAGAUUGCUUUGUGUUUCCUACUA